GCCUGCUGCCGCUCACUACCUCGGCCGCUGCCUCCGAGGUCAACCCUCCCGCGGGGUCUCCGCUCUCUCCUCCCGCCGCCGCCAGCGCCCGCUUAGCGCCGCGAUGGGGCUCCUGGACGCGGAGCCAGGCAGUGUCCUGAACGUGGUGUCCACGGCGCUCAACGACACCGUGGAGCUGUACCGCUGGACCUGUUCUUUCGCAGAUAAGCGUGUGGAAAACUGGCCUCUGAUGCAGUCCCCAUGGACUACGCUUGGUAUCAGCACUCUUUAUCUCCUGUUCGUGUGGCUGGGUCCAAAAUGGAUGAAGGACCGAGAGCCUUUUCAGAUGCGCUUAGUGCUCAUUAUCUAUAAUUUUGGCAUGGUUUUCCUUAACCUUUUUAUCUUCAGAGAGUUAUUCAUGGGAUCAUAUAAUGCAGGAUAUAGCUAUAUUUGCCAGACUGUGGAUUAUUCUGAUAAUGUUCACGAAGUCAGGAUAGCUGCUGCUCUGUGGUGGUACUUUGUGUCUAAAGGAGUGGAGUAUUUAGACACGGUGUUUUUUAUCUUGAGGAAGAAAAACAAUCAAGUCUCUUUCCUUCAUGUAUAUCAUCACUGUACAAUGUUUACGUUGUGGUGGAUUGGAAUUAAGUGGGUCGCAGGGGGACAAGCUUUUUUCGGAGCCCAGAUGAAUUCCCUCAUCCAUGUGAUUAUGUACUCGUACUACGGCUUAAGUGCAUUUGGCCCAUGGAUUCAGAAGUAUCUUUGGUGGAAACGAUACCUGACUAUGUUGCAGCUGAUCCAGUUCCAUGUGACCAUUGGCCACACAGCACUGUCUCUGUACACAGAUUGCCCUUUCCCCAAAUGGAUGCACUGGGCUCUCAUUGUCUAUUCAAUCAGCUUCAUACUUCUCUUUCUUAACUUCUAUGUUCGGACAUACAACAUGCCUAAGAAAUCCCAAACUGGAAAACCAGCUGUGAAUGGUAUUUCAGCAAAUGGUGUGAGCAAAUCAGAAAAACAGCUAGUGAUGGAAAAUGGAAAAAAGCAGAAAACUGGAAAAGCAAAAGGAGAGUAAAUUGAACUGGGCCUUAACUGUUGUUGACAGUGAGGAAGCUCCCAUUUCGUAUAAAAUUUCAGGGAAACAAGCAAAUGAGGGUUUGAGGGUGGGGAGAAAAAGGCAAAUGUGCUCUCUGUAUUAGUAACCUUUAGACUGAGUAAAGUGUUAAAUACGAUACCCAGAUGUUUUAUUUAUGAAGUUUUUAUUUUAAACAUUUUUUUAUUAGCCUUGAUGUUGUCCAGACCAAAGCAAUCAUUAUGUGACUUUGGAGAUGCUCUGCCAUUCACAUCCAUUUGUCCAACGCAUGAGAUUUUUCAUGUAUCUUAAAUACAGUCAUUCUCCAGUCUGAUCGUCAAAGAAACAGUCUUUAUGAAUUUUUCGGCUAAAUCACUAAUUACCUACUGAGUAAAAUCAGUUACCAUACAUUUUCUAGUCUAAAGCUGGAAAUGCGGAUACUUUAAAAUUUUGCACAUUUGAAUUUGUUUGCUGACUGGAAUGGUCGAAUCUCUCCACCUCUAGUCUGAAUAUACCCCUUCGGUUGUAAUUAAAUUUUAAAAAUCUGGUGAUCUUUGUAGACUCUUAGAGACUUGAUGAUGAUGGUGUUGGUGAAAAUAGGAAAGAAUUACAGUAAAAUCCUGUCAGGUGACCCAAAGGUCACCAUGACUUGCGUCACAAAUCACUGUGGGAAACAAUUUUUGUGAUGAAAAGGUAGCCUUUCAAUACUCCUGUUACUAUCAGAAGUAGAUUAUGAAAAUUAAGAUUAUUGUCUGAUUGGAACACGAAGCAAUUCCUGUCUUUAUUAGUAACAUCAUAAAAUAGUGACAUUUCUGUGCUGUUAGAAGAGAGUAUGUUGAUUUUUAUCUGGCUUUCCUUGUUUUGAUUUGUGGCUAUAACCGAUUUUUCAUAUGUGGAAAUAUACCUACCUCUUCUGUUGGAAAGAACAUUUAAAAUUAAAUAAAUUUUAAUUAAAAAUCAA